CUGCAGGUUUCAGCCAUGUGGCUCUACCUGGCUGCCCUGCUGGGGCUUUACUUCCUUCGCCGAUGGUACCAGGAGAGACAGAUGGUGGAGAACCUGACGGAGAAAUACGUCCUCAUCACUGGCUGUUCCUCUGGCUUUGGGAACCACCUUGCCAAGCACCAGGAUGCCCGGGGUCUGCGGGUAUUGGCAACCAGUACCACACACAAGGGGACAGAGCAGCUGGAGAAGGUCACCUCAGAGCGCUUGAAAACCACCGUUCUGGAUGUCACCAGUACAGAGAGCAUUGCGGCAGCGACGGAGUGGGUGAAAGAACAAGUGGGGAACAAAGGUAGCUUUUCGUUGUGUUGUUUCCAUGCUCUGGAUCAGACAAUGCAGAAUGUUAUAGGAAAUGACCUGGAAUGA